GGCGGCCCGGCGCUCGCAGAGUCCUCGGAGCGGCGCUGCGACCGCGGCGCAAAGUUAGCCCGGCGCCCCGGGACGAGCCCCGCAGCCGCGGCCGGCCCCGGAGCCGCCUCGGCAUGGGCGAGCACCCCAGCCCGGGCCCCGCAGUGGCCGCCUGCGCUGAGGCGGAGCGCAUCGAGGAGCUGGAACCCGAGGCCGAGGAGCGGCCGCCGGCGGCGCCGGAGGACCACUGGAAAGUCCUGUUUGAUCAGUUUGACCCUGGGAACACGGGCUACAUCAGCACAGGCAAGUUCCGGAGCCUCCUGGAGAGCCACAGCUCCAAGCUGGACCCGCACAAGAGGGAGGUGCUCCUGGCCCUCGCCGACAGCCAUGCCAAUGGGCAGAUCUGCUACCAGGAUUUUGUCAACCUGAUGAGCAACAAGCGGUCCAACAGCUUCCGCCAGGCCAUCCUGCAGGGGAACCGCCGGCUCUGUAGCAAGGCCCUGCUGGAGGAGAAGGGGCUGAACCUCUCCCAGCGACUGAUCCGCCACGUGGCCUACGAGACCCUGCCCCGGGAGAUCGACCGGAAGUGGUACUACGACAGCUACACCUGCUGCCCCCCGCCCUGGUUCAUGAUCACAGUCACGCUGCUGGAGGUUGCCUUUUUCCUCUAUAACGGGGUGUCGCUGAACCAGUUUGUGCUGCAGGUGACCCAUCCACAAUACCUGAAGAACUCCCUGGUUUACCAUCCACAGCUCCGAGCACAAGCUUGGCGUUUCCUGACAUACAUCUUCAUGCACGCAGGGAUAGAGCACCUGGGACUAAACGUGGUGCUGCAGCUCCUGGUGGGGGUGCCCCUGGAGAUGGUGCACGGAGCAACCCGCAUUGGGCUCGUCUACCUGGCUGGCGUCGUGGCAGGGUCCUUGGCGGUGUCUGUGGCCGACAUGACCGCACCGGUGGUGGGCUCCUCCGGAGGGGUGUACGCGCUCGUCUCUGCCCAUCUGGCCAACAUCGUGAUGAACUGGUCAGGCAUGAAGUGUCAAUUCAAGCUGCUGCGGAUGGCUGUGGCCUUGAUCUGUAUGAGCAUGGAGUUUGGGCGGGCCGUGUGGCUGCGCUUCCACCCAUCAGCCUACCCCCCCUGCCCUCACCCGAGCUUCGUGGCACACCUGGGCGGCGUGGCCGUGGGCAUCACCCUGGGCGUGGUGGUCCUGAGGAACUAUGAGCAGAGGCUGCAGGACCAGUCGCUGUGGUGGAUUUUCGUGGCCAUGUACACCGUCUUUGUGCUGUUCGCUGUCUUCUGGAACAUCUUUGCCUACACCCUGCUGGACCUAAAGCUGCCACCACCCCCCUAAGACCCUGAAGGACUCUGGUCAGGGCAGAGAGGGAGCAGCAGCAUCGGCGAGGAGCAGCUGUGUUCUUUUCUCAUCACCAGCUCAGUGAGGCCGCGGAGGAGGAGACGAGAGACGCUGGGCCGCUGUGAUAUUUGUGUUCAGGUUUGAGCAGAGACAGUGGAGGCAUUUUCCUGAAAGGCACCUGUCGGGGGAGGUGGAUGUGGCUUCCUUAGUCUUUCUAGACUAUUCCGAAGAUGUCAGACCAGGACAAAGGCCUGGGGUGAGGUGAGAGUGGCUGGGCGUGUCCUAUGUGUUCAGGGGGCCCCCCUUGUCACCAGUUGGGCAGCACCCUCUGCCCUCAUCUGCCGCCGUGAGAAACCUGAGUGUAGGAGCCAGGCAGGCCCUUGUCCAGCCCUGAGAUCCCUGCGGGCCAGGAAACAUCCCCUGUGGAGCUCUGGAGGGGAAGGGGGUCUGGUGAUGGAAGAUGUGACUUGGGCCUAGGCGGUCCAGGGGGCCCUCCCACGCAGGUUGGUGGGCAUGGGGAUGUGGCCUUUUUUGCCUGGGGUGGGCAGAGGAGGGAGAUUCUGGGGCUGCUCAGAGAGCGGAGGGAAUGAGCUUCAUCCCGCGUUGCACCCUGGGGAAGGGCAUCAACUUUGGACUUCUCCCCGAGGCUGACAUCUCCCACCAGUGCGCCAGCAUCCGUGCCCUCAUGAGCUGGGUCUUUUCCUUCCCUUCCACUGCCCUGACCCCACCACGUGCCUCGCCUGUGCUCACAGAGACGGUGCUCUGACGCGCGCAUGCUUGUGUGUGGUUUGGCGGGUGAUUGCAUGUGUGAUGGGAGAGGCUGCGGAGGAAGCCGCGACGGGCAGUGGGGGUGGGGGAGUCUGCGUGGGAGGGAGGAGGGUGCUGAGAGGGGGAGGGUGUGCUUCCUGCGGAUCCUUGCUGUUAGCGAAGCUUGCCCCCUUCUUUCCCAUCCCCGUCGUCCCUCCCGGUGCCUCCCUAGAAUCACCAACCUGGGGGAGACCUGGAGGUGGAGGGGGACCUCGGGCCCUUCCAGGAGCUUCAGGAUGCUGAGGUUUUCUUUGCCUUUACCACGUUCUGCUCUGAUUCCCAUCUAGAAUAGCCUUCCUAUCAGAAAAGGUUCUGUUCUGUCUCCCUUAGGAGGAAGGAGCCUUGAGGGUGCAGGAGAGGCAGGGGCAGGAAUGUUGAGGCCAGAGCUCUUUUUGAGUUGGGGCACAGGAGGCUGCAGUAAAAGGAUCCCCAUUCAGACGGGAAACUGCUUCUGGAGAAGAAUUGCUGGGUGCUUGGGUGAGUGUUAGCGGUGAGGGCGGCCCAGGGACUCAGAUGCUCAGAGCAGGAGGGAGAUGGAGAUGGUCAAAUCCAUCCCCACCCGUCACCCAAGUGGCAAAAUGAGGCUGAGGGGUGACCCCCUGCAGGAGCUGGUGCAGACCCCAACCGGAGGGUUGGGGGCGACCUUUGAUAAACCAUCCCAUUCCCUUUAUACGGCUCCAGGAUCUCCUAACCACAGACAGCCCAGGAGGCUGAGUUUGCGCAGGAACAGGGCAGCUGCAUGCCCUUACAUGAAGCAAGGUCCAGGGUCAGCCAGGCCAGGCAUUCGGGGGUCUUAGGCCACUGUGGCUUCCUGUCCCCAGUGAUCACCUGUGAUGGGCAGUGUCUUCCUACCCCAGCUCAGCCUCAGGCUAUGCCAACCCCUUCAUGGCUUUGCCCAGCAAUGAAUAGAUUGUCCUGGGCCCCACAUAAGGCUCCGAGGUCACGCUGCACUUGAGCCCAUGUUGUGCUGAGCGCUGCCCGCCCCCGGGACUGGGCCGAGGUCUUUGGCUGAGCUGCCCCAGUCUGUGCCCUGCCAGCCACCCUCUGCCUGCUGAGAGACAGGGGCAGCUGGAAGAGUUAGCUUCUUAGGAGACUCUGAACGAUAACGGGGGCCCAAAAGACUUGGGUGAGGAUGGAGAAGGGGGUCUCGCCAUGGACUGCCACCUCUGCUAACCCUGAGUGGUGCUGUCCCUUCCCGGUGGGACAGAGGUGGCAGGUGCCCUGCUGAGAGGCAGGGCUUUCCCUCUAGAUCCCUCUCCUGGCCUGAGAGUUCUGGAUGUGGGUGGAGGGAGCAGAGACCCACCUCUGCUUUCGCCCGGGCAGCCUUCCUCUCUCAGGGGCGAGAAGACUGGGAACCAGAAGAUUCUAGAAAGCCCUUGGAGAAGCACCCAGUUCCCUCAGGGCUUCAGCUGGAAGCCUGUGACCGGGAAGGACUUCCUGAGGCCGAGGUCCCGUCUCCCAUCCUAUGAAGUCUGCCUUGUGAGGUCUGGGACACGCUGAGGGAGCCUCCUCUACAUCUCAGGCCACCAGCCCCUGCUGCUCCCUGUCCAAGAGCAGCCCCCAAGUUCCUUGUUGCGCUUGACGCCCCUCCACCUCUCCCGGCCAUCGCUUCCAAGCAGGACUGCGCAGUGGUGACAGUAGUCACUUCCCAUGACGCAGGUGUCCCACACAGGACUGGGAGCCAGCUGUCUGGUAAGAAAGGUUUACUUUUGGGGGUCUGGCUUUGUCCCCAGCAGGUCUCUUUGCUCCCACGUUCCCAGCAUCCUGCCAGCUCCAGGCAAUGCUUCCCCAUCCUUCCCCGUCCAGCGCGGCCACCUGGCCCGGGCGCUGCGAGCAGGGUGGAGAGAAUCCAGGCUGGAGGCCAGUCGGCCUUUUGUCCACAAGCUACAAAGAUUGAAAACCGAGGAUUCCCCAAGCAGCGGCCCUAGACUCACUCCCUCCUCAAAUGGAGGAGGGAUCCCUGAAACUGGGGAAAGGAAAACCAAGCUUCACAGGAGAAAUUUCGUCUUAAUGAUACCGUUCAUCAUGCGUUUUUUAAUUAGGAAAAGCUCCCCAAUGAGACGCUUUUGCCAGCUAAUAGGAUUCUCAACUUCCACAAGGACCUUUUUUGCUGGGAGGAUUAGAGGGAGUUGCUGCUCACCAAGCCCGGCUCUUCCCCCAGUGUCCAGUUUCGUUGGCAAAUAAUGCUGAUUCCGGGGUGCGGUGGCAGCCCUUUGCUGGCAUCGUUCAUGUUGCUCCCAGGGCCUGGCUGGAAAGCACCGAUUCUCCUCUGCCUUAAAAAACUGCCCGACACUGAUCUUCCCUCCAGGACGCCAGUAAGUGGAGACAAAACACAAGCUGCAACGUUUGUUUCUAAAUAUUUUUGUAUCAUGUACAUUCUGUAUAUUUUUGUUGUAACAUAUUAUUUGAGCACAGAUUCCAUUAAAGAUUUCUUUUUUCUUUAAGCCAGUGGUUCUUGGGGACAUGACCUGGAGGGCUGGCAUCGGUGCCUGUUUCAUCUCCACCUGGGGCAGGGCCGGUGGAGAGAGUGGGCAGCAGUGGGGAUGGGUUUAUGAGCUGGUGUUUCCAGCCUGGUGGUUCUUAACCUUUCUUGAAUUACUGAAUUCUUUUGAGUGGCUGAGGAAAGCUAGGAUUUCUCUUCUCACACAAGUGCACAGAUAGACAAUUUUGUAUACGAUUUAGGGGGAGAGGGUUGUGAAUAAGGAAACUUGUCCAUAGCUUCAGGUCAAGACCCUCUGUGCCAGUUGUCCUGGUGGGUGCCCCUCCCUCCACUCCUGCCCUGUACCCUCAGGAGAUAUUGGACUAUUAUUAUUGGAGGAAUCUUCAUCAGAAUAUCCUAGUACUUCCUUCUUUACCCCAGUGGCCUCAUCUUUAGGUCUUUUCAAGGGCGAUCAGGACCCUGACCUUGAGAAAAGUUUAGGAAUGUUCUCAGGUUAAAAGGGCACAGACAGCCCACAUACAGAAGGAAAAAUAAGAGGACUGUAAGUGUUAAAGGCAGACUCUGGUGCUUGGUGAAUUUAACCAUUGAGUGGGCUUUGAAUGGGUGAAGCCUGAAAAAGUGACUUGCUCUCACCCAUUUCCUAGGCUAAUGGCGGUGUAUGUGGUCUUUCCAUUUGUAAUUUAACUUUCCCUUGAGGAUUAAACUACCCCAUUAAACUCACUGUGGGAGUUGUUUCCCAUAAAAUUUUCACAAAAUUUAAAAAUAUUUCUGAGGAGUUCCCUUGUGGCACAGUGGGUUAAGGAUCUGGCAGUUCGGCUGCAGCAGCUCAGGUCACUCUUGUGGUGUGGGUUUGAUCCCUGGCCCAGGAACUUCCACAAGGUGCAGGGGAAAAAAAAAAUUCUAAGUGUUUUCUGGGAUGGCACAAGUCAUCCUGGAACAAACUUGCGAGCAUAGUUCAGCCUAAAGCUCCAAGAACCCAGUUCCGUUUGGAGUGUGGAGAAUUGACUCGCCUAGAAGGAAAGCCCGGCUCCUGUCAGCAGCCACGUACCCGCGACAGUUACAGGCAAGCUCCCUGGCAGCUGAAACCCUUUAGCUGGCUUUGCACUUGGCCUCCCGCCACUUCCGUCUUCGCGCUUCUGUUUCCUCCUUUCUACCAGAUUUUCAUUCUUCCCGUAACUUAAGAUGUUUACCAACAGUGAGGUAAGUAUGAAGACCAUUUACUGGGUACCUGUUAUGUGCUAGGGCACUGGGUGAGGCACUUUCAGUCCUUUAUUCUCAUCUCAUUGCACAUCUACUUGGACUUAAGUAUACACACAAGGGGAAGGCUAGUAGGAUAUGGCAUCACUGGAGUCACACUCAAGACUGCCUGGCUCCUAAGUUCAUUUCUGUCUUUAGGUGUUUGUAUGGGACUUUAAGGACCCUGAGUUUGAAGGUGCAUCAAGGUCUCUGUUUAAAGAUUCGGUCUCACUGCAUGGGGCCCAGGGCCGUCCGGCCACAGUGAUGAACCUUGGAACAUUCCCUCCAUGUUCACUGAACAGGACCUCCACUUCGUCAGCCCUCCCCGCAGCAGCUCACAAGAAAAUCCACAGCUCUCACUUCCGUACUGCUCUCUUUCACGCCCAGAUUUCCAGAACCUAGCAUUUAAGCCAGCUCAGAGCGACUUAAAAGUCCGUGAGGCACAUUGGAGGAGUUCAGCAGAUAGAGGACUGGAGCUGCCCUCUUAGACCUCCAAGUGGAGAGACUCCUUGAAGCCAGCGGGGUCUCCACUGCUGAGAAGGCACGUGGGUAAGAAGUGUAGUCCUAGUAACUGAAUCUUAUUUCUGAGCAGCCUGCAGGGGUUCCUGGCGUCUGGUGUAAGUGAUGCUCUGGUAAAGGACAGGCAUUCUGUCGUGGUUAAUAGUGAAUGACAAUGAAAGGAAUUGACUUGGGUUAUUGAGUGCGACAGGUGUAACUUUACUGGACAAUGAAUAAAACACUGUGAUGGAAAUUGCUCUUAACUCUUGAUGCCUCCUGCGAGAUGCAGAAAGGUGUAUCCCAGCAGGGUGAUUUGAUUCUCCUCAACAAGUUCCUCAGCAUAAUGAGUAUAAUUUUCCCAUCAACUUGCUGUGAAUUAACCAAAGUGUCAGGCUGGUGAAUUGAGCUCACUGAAUCAAAAUGACUGUGUCGGUGAGAAGCUAAAUUUAUUAUUAUUAUAAAUAUAAUUACAGAUAAAUCGAGACCAUUUUUUGAUACAUGACAAACAUAUAUUUCCUAUGUGUGUAUAGCACACAAAUAAUAUGUAAUGCAUUCCACACACACCUGAACAAAUCCUUUUUAAAACUUUAAAAGUUAAUAUAUUAGCUUAUUAAAAUUCGAAUACAGUACAUGUUCAUGAGCUCUCUGAAUUUCUUCUCAUGGCCCACAAGAUAUCCAACUCCAUGUCACUAUUUGCCUUGUCUACAGUAGGGAUGUAUGGUUUAUCACACACAUUUAAAUUAAGAUUGUAUCGUAUAAAACUGUAUAAUGUAGUGAGCAUACAUUACAAAAAAUGUCUAUAAAAGUAUAUACAAAGAAUAUGUAAUCGGAGGCUCAGUGGGUUAAGGAUCCAGUGUUGUCACUGCUGUGGCAUGGGUUCAAUCCCUGGCCCGGGGAACUUAGGCACCCUGCAGGUGCAGCCAAAAAAAAAAGAAAGACUGUGUAAUUGUGCCUUGACUCUAUCCAUAAAUGACUUGAAGAAGGUUAUACAUUUGCUCUUAAAUGCUAUUUACAACAUGGACUCUUGAAGGAUAUGUGAAUUUGAAAAUGAAAAAUAUGUCUUCCAGAUUCAAACUGUUGAUGUCCUGGAGUCCCCCUUGUGGCGCAGUGGGUUAAAGAUCUGGUGCUGUCACUGCAGCAGCUUGGGAUGCUACUGUGGCACGGGUUCCAUCCCUGGCCUGGGAAUUUCCACAUGCCAUGGGUGCAGCCAAAAAAAAAUUGCUUGUUUCCCAUAGUCAUUCUGAAUUUAAUGCUGUAAAAAAAGAUGCUACUUGGAUUUUUGUCCUACACUGACUAUAAUCCAAGUUAUUAAAGUUUAAAACCAUGUGAAAGCCUUUAUGAGGAUGCUGAAUUGUAUUUCUCAUUAAAGAAAGAAGUGAUUCGGUAAGUCGCACCGCCAGCCUUCUCUACAAUGAAGAUCAAGCAGAAGGCCAUUGUCGGUCACUUUGAAAGUUACAACUCAGCACUUAAUGUGAAUUUAGAUGAGUUUAGGAGAGGAUUUUUACCAGCUUGUGUUCCUUUGAGCUUCCUGAGGGCAGUAAGAACACAAGGCUUCUGAUCUUCUACACAAAAAAUCAUUAUCAAAUGGAUUUAUUAAAGGGCUAUGCAGAACAACUGCAGUCAUAUGUGUGGAGCUACGGUUAGCUUCCAUGGGAAUUAUAAAUGGCUCUAACUCAGGACACUUUCAGUUGAUUCAGAGUAAAACAAUACAAGGCUUGUAACAAAUGUACAAAAACCUAAAAUCAAUGAGUAACCCCCACAUGAAGAAUCUGUGUGCUUUAUGUUACAGUUUGCUUGUACAAUGUAUGUACUUUGUUUCUUUCUUAACCCUCUGUUUAAAAACUCCAGCAUUUUCAUAUAAAAGAGAAAAGAAAAUAGAGGAAUAUAUGGAAUGAAGAAAAGUGGUGGGGCUACUUCUUCAGGAGCUUUCCAUCAGAUAUAAUGUUUUAUCUUGAAGCUAGUACAUCUAUUUUUAAAGCUCAUUUAAUCCCUUACACACUCAUGAUUUAUUUGCAUACUGACAUAAAAGCUGGCGUCAUCAUCCAGGCCAUUAUCAAUCAGACAAAAAAAAAAA